CUUCCCGGCUGGCCCACUUCUACCGAUUAGCCGUCGUCGUCGUAAAAUGCGAUCGUUCCGAGUUCCGAGCCGACAUCCCAAAUUUCCCUUCUUCUAUCCCUCAACUCCCGCGCUCUUCUCCGGCGGAUCGAAAUUCUCAUUUCCCGGCCACCGCUCGCCGUCUCCGACUGCCGAAUGUCUCCCCGGACGAAAUCCAUGCGAUGCCACGAUUGGAUCAACACGCUCCUUCCCGAAGAGAUCGUCCUCGAGAUCUUCCGGCGCCUCGACUCCAAGCACACCCGCGACGCCUGCUCCCUCGUCUGCAAGCGGUGGCUCUCCUUAGAGCGCCUCAGCCGUACUACUCUCCGGAUUGGCGCUUCCGGCAACCCCGAUUUCUUCAUCCACUUACUCUCCAGCCGUUUCCCCAACAUCAAAACCAUCCACAUCGACGAGCGCCUCUCCAUUUCUCUCCCCUCCCAGCUUGGGCGGAAGAGAAGAAAAUCAGGAUCGUCUUAUUUCAAGCUGCACAGCGUGUUUCAAGAGGAUAUGCCUGAAGCCGAACAAUUUGAUUCCUACUGUUUGUCUGAUCUUGGGUUGAUUACACUUAGUGAUCAGUUCCCAGCUCUCGAACGUUUGAGCUUAAUCUGGUGCUCCAAUGUUUCAAGUCUGGGUUUAGUCUCUCUUUCCUUGAAAUGCUCGCUCUUGAAAUCUCUGGAUUUGCAGGGUUGCUAUGUUGGUGAUGGAGGUCUGGCUGCUAUUGGAAGGUGUUGUAAGCAAUUACAAGAACUAAAUUUGCGGUUUUGUGAAGGGUUGAGUGACGUGGGUCUGGUUGAGCUAGCUGAAGGCUGCUCGAAAUCGCUAAAGACUCUUGGGGUUGCAGCUUGUGCAAAGAUAACAGACAAAUCGUUGGUGGCAGUGGGUUCCCACUGCAAAUCCCUGGAAACCUUGUCACUGGAUUCUGAAUGCAUUCACAAUGAUGGGGUUCUUGCCGUUGCCAAAGGAUGCCCUCUUCUGAAAGUCUUGAAGCUGCAAUGCAUUAAUGUUACUGACGACGCUCUUAUAGCUGUAGGAAAAUAUUGCUCUUCACUGGAGGCGUUGGCUUUGUACAGCUUCCAGCGAUUUACUGACAGGGGAUUGUGUGCUAUUGGAGCUGGAUCUAAGAAGUUGAAAAAUCUUACUCUGAGCGACUGCUAUUUCCUCAGUGACCAGGGUUUAGGAUCAAUUGCCACGGGUUGUAAAGAACUCACACAUCUUGAAGUUAAUGGGUGUCACAAUAUUGGAUCAGUGGGAUUGGAAGCCAUUGGACGAUCAUGCACGCGCCUCACUGAGUUGGCAUUGUUAUACUGCCAAAGGAUCGGUGAUAAUGCUCUUCAUGAAAUUGGAAAGGGCUGUAAGUUCUUGGAGGCCCUUCACUUGGUAGAUUGUUCUAGCAUUGGAGAUGAUGCCAUUUGUAGCAUAGCCAAGGGGUGCACAAAUUUGAAGAAACUUCAUAUUCGUCGGUGUUAUGAGGUCUCUCCACAACAUAUUCCUAGUUUUAUGAGUUCUCUCCUUCACUCUCUGCUGGACUUAUAUGUCUCAGUCCAUAUUACAUAUAUUUAAGUUUGCAAACUUACUUUUAUCUAAUGAUUUUGAAGUAGAUUGAAUUCGUAGGCCUUCUACCCUUUAUUUAAAUGCUGGAUAAAAUAUUGGCUUUAGUUCUUGUUGGUGGUUGUUUGGUGUUGAAAAUUUGGACUUACUAGUGUAGGAUGAACAUUUCCUCUUUGUCAGAGUAUCAGAAUCCAAUUAAGUACUCUUUUGAUUUUUCAAGCGUCACUUAUUAAUUGUCGAAUGUCAAUUGUGUAGCUGUUUUGGAUUGAUCUUUCUGGUGGCUACCGAUUUCCUUACCUCUUUGCCGCAGGUUGGGAACAAAGGUAUUAUGGCCAUCGGCGACAACUGCAAAUCACUUGCGGAUCUUAGCCUUAGAUUCUGUGACAGGUUAAAGUACUCUUCACCUGACCACCUCCGUUACCCCUCCUUUUUCCCUUUGGGCCUCCACAAACCCUAUUUACUUUUUCCCCAUGCCCUUGUUGAUCUGUCAAUGCUCAUCGAGCUGUUCUGUUUCUGUUGGCAUAACCAUAACGAACACCAUGAGUUGCCCGUCACGUUGGCAUAAUUUUUCAGCAGGAACAAGUGUAUACUCAUUUGGUGCUAGGCUGGCUGCUAGCUAACAGUAAACACUAGCUAAUAAUUCCAUGUAAUCUUCUUGUGUUGUUGAUCAGGGUGGGAGACGAGGCCCUUGUAUCCAUUGGCCAAUGUCACUCCCUCCAGACCCUAAACGUCAGUGGCUGCCAUCAAAUAGGCGACGCCGGAAUAAUAGCAGUUGCAAGAGGCUGCCCUGACCUCAGCUACCUCGACGUGAGCGUGCUUCAGAAUCUGGGCGACAUGGCACUUGCCGAGCUUGGAGAGGGCUGUCCAGCUCUGAAAGAGAUAGUAAUCUCCCACUGUCGUCAGAUCACCGACGUCGGCCUCUCCCACCUCGUCAGGAACUGCGCCAUGCUGGAAUCCUGCCACGUCGUUUACUGCCCUGGUGUAACCGCCGUGGGGAUCGCCACGCUGGUCUCCGGUUGCCCGAACAUAAAGAAGGUGCUGGUGGAGAAGUGGAAGGUGAGCGAGAGGACCAAGCGCAGAGCAGGCUCUGUCAUCUCCUACCUGUGCAUCGAUCUGUAGUAGAAAUGUAGAAUACACAGGGAGAACAAAGUCCGUGUAGUCUCAGAAAGUCAGGGUGUUGAACUUGUGCAUAAAGCCUGGUUAUUUAUUUUUCCUGCUUUCCUUUUUCCCCCUGUAUUUAUUUAUUUACACCUUGGUGUGUUAGCUCUGAAUAAGCGUGGCAAGGUUGCAAAGUGUUGUUGUAUGAAUAAAUUGCAUCGAGUGGUAUUGUUGACUUGUGGAGACUCAAAUUAGUGUAUUAUCUGCGAUUAAUCGACGA